AUGUUUCUCAACCUCGGAACCCUUCGUCGCCCGUCGUCGUCUUCUUCUAUUACGUCGGCAGGAAGCUCAUGGAGCGACCUCGACGACAUUGCCAACUCUAUCAGCACUUUCUUUGCUACCGACGUUACCAAAUGCCACCGCUGCUCAUCCCCGGAAUGCCCUCUGCUUCGAGAUCGCCAGAAAAGCGUCUCUUCUGUACGCAGUUGCGAGGACAUGAGUGUUGACAAGACACAAGAGCUUUGGUUCUGCAUGCUGCAACUACAGGAGCGCUACGACUGCUACAAUUCAACUCGAAUCGACCUUGCACUCGACGCAGGUGACCAAGCCAUUAAUUUCAUGCCCAACCGAUUCAUCAUGGACACGCUCAACAAUUCGCUUCGUGAUUUGCCCGAUGAGGGCUGGGAUCAGCUUAACCGCUGUCUGGACCAUCAAACGAUCACCGAAAAGCCAAAAUCCAAACGCAUUUGCAGGCCCAAGGCUUAG